AUUUAGAACGAGCAAUUUCCGUGCCAGUCGGUUUUGAACGUGCGCUUGGACAAGAUGGUAGAAGUGGAUCUGUACUUGGCAGCCGCCCUCGGUGCCAUAAUCCUAUUGCUGUAUCACUACGCGGCGAAGAAGUAUGAGUACUUCCUGCCGAAGCCGAUACCGGCCAUGAAGCCGACAUUUUUGCUCGGAAAUACCGGUCCGAUGAUGUUCCGCCGGCGCGAUGUGUCGUCCCACGUGAAAAUUCUGUACAAUACGUUUCCGGACUUUAAGGUGACCGGAUUCUACGAUCUGAUGAAGCCGAUCUAUAUGCUCCGCGAUCCGGAAGUGAUCAAGCAGAUUGCGGUGAAGGACUUUGACUUCUUCACCGAUCAUACGCCGUCGAUGACUAACGGUAAAGAGGAAGGCGAGGUGGGUGGAGACAGUCUGUUCGGUAACUCGCUGUUUGCACUUCGUGGACAAAAAUGGCGAGACAUGAGGUCAACGCUGAGUCCGGCAUUUACCGGAAGCAAGAUGCGGCACAUGUUCGAACUGGUGGCGGACUGUGCCCAGUCGAUGGCGGCGUUUUUCAAAUCGGAAGCUAAGGCCGGGAAGAACCUGGAGUACGAGAUGAAGGAUACGUUUUCGAGGUUCGGGAACGAUGUGAUUGCUACGGUGGCAUUCGGUAUUAAGGUCGAUUCGCUGCGCGAUCGGGAGAAUGAGUUUUAUAUGAAGGGAAAGGCCAUGCUCAACUUCCAGUCAUUAAUGACACUGGUGAAGUUCCUGAUGUUACGUGCUGCGCCUUCGUUGAUGCAGAAGCUUGGGGUGGACUUUGUGGAUUCUACUUUGACGGAGUACUUCAAGCAGAUGAUCGUGGAUAAUAUGAAACAGCGGGAAACGCAUAAAAUCAUGCGAAACGAUAUGAUUCAGAUGCUGAUGGAGGUCCGUAAGGGUUCUUUGAACCAUCAGAAAGACGAACUGGACACGAAAGAUGCUGGUUUUGCAACGGUAGAAGAGUCCAAUGUGGGAAAAUCAACGAUUUCCAGGGUUUGGACGGAGAACGAACUGAUUUCACAGUGUUUCUUGUUUUUCCUAGCCGGAUUUGACACAGUGUCGACCUGCAUGACUUUCCUGAUGUACGAGUUAGCGCUCAAUCCUGAUAUUCAGAAUCGUCUGCACGAGGAGGUGGAGGCAACGAAGCAGUCACUUGAUGGAAAGCCGUUGACCUAUGAAGUGCUGCAGAAGAUGCAAUACAUGGAUAUGGUCGUAUCGGAAGCUCUACGCAAGUGGCCUCCGGCUGUAGUUUCCGAUCGCUUCUGCGUCAAGAACUACCAGUAUGACGACGGAAAUGGGACGCGCUUUGUAAUCGAAAAGGGUCAAACGGUCUGGAUCCCAACGAUCGCCCUUCACAACGAUCCAAAGUACUACGAGAACCCGGAUAAGUUCGACCCGGAGCGAUUCAAUGAGGAGAAUCGCUCGAAGAUCAACACUGGAGCUUACUUGCCGUUCGGAGUGGGUCCACGGAACUGUAUCGGAUCACGAUUGGCACUGAUGGAGGUGAAAGCGAUCAUCUACAACCUGCUGAAGGACUUCAGCUUCGAACCGUCGGAGAAAACCGAGAUUCCGUUGAAGAUGUCCAAGAACUUCUUCGCGCUGCAGGCGGAGAAUGGAGUUUGGCUUAAUUUUAAACCUAGGAAGCAUUAAGCAUUGUUUUAUUUGAAUACAUAC